AUGGGCGGAGGACCUAGUACACCACCACCACCACGACUGAUGGGAUCUUUCGAGGAAACACUUGAGGAUGAGCAUCUACUCGAACAUUCGAUUGAUGGCAGAAGUAUACUCUCGGAUGAUUUGGUCGAAAUCACUCGCCCAAUGGCCUUCCCAUCCACUGAAGAGCCUCAAAAAACAGACCCUCACUCUCAAGAACCCAGUGCUGAUAAUUCCUCUCGAUCACCCGUCAUCGAUCCGGAUUCGACCAAGGAAGAAGACCCAAAACCUUACAAGUUACGGUGGUCCAAAAGCAAAGUUUAUAUCGCCCCUCGAUCGUUCUAUCUCAGUUGGAUUCCCGAGCAGGCCAUCGAGGACUCAUCAGAACGAGAUUCAUGGAUCAAAUUGGACCUCGACCCUCACCUUUCAACGGAUGAAGACAUUCUGGUGAAUGUGCCUAUAGAUCCAGAGGCCACUCCAGAUUAUGCCUUCUCAGUCCCUAUCGAUUCGAUUCACUCCAUCAUCCUCACUCCUCCGACUCUUAGUUCUUGGUACGGAACCGUAGUGAUCAACGUCUUCUGUGGCCCGACGCUCCCCAAACUCUACUUCCAUGAUGAUGAAUCUCGCUCCACUCAGUUCUCACGGGAGACCCGCGAAACAAGGAUGGCUCAGAACCGACUCUCGUCGUUACCUGCAAGCUGGGGCGGCGAGGCACUCCUUACCCAACUCCGGCGGUUUGCUGAUGUGUGUCAAUCCGCCAGGGAACAUGGCCUCUUCCUACUCAACCCUAGUAAAGACGAACGCGAAGAACAUCUCACUCCCAUCUUCUCCGAUGAUGCAUUGAUCCCGCCACUCUCUCCCCCCAAACGGAAUAGCAUCCUCCAUCAAAGUCUCAGAAAUGGCAACCCGUCUGGCUCGAUGGAUGAAUUUGCUUUCAACAUCUUAAGUUCUUUUAGUAAGCUAACUCAAAAUGCAAAAUCAGCUGCCCAGAUGGUCUUGUCACACCGGCUUGCCAAGCCUAUCAUUCCACACUUGCCCCAACCUAUUGCCUCACUUGCGAAUGGUGAACCAGAAUUUAUCCGAUGGUCUCAGCAAGCAGGCGUUGAAGGUUAUGAUGCUGCCCGGGUGUAUUUGGCGAAAUGGGCAUCAAUCGUUGCCGCCCAAGGGGAACGCUCCAGACGGGCCGAGUUCAACGACUGGGAUCCGGAACCCGUUGCCAACGACAGUCCUCUUAGUAGCUUGGAUGGUGGAUUUGAAAUGAUUCAUGCCACUUACCAAGUCCCGAAAGUACGAUUCCAACGCGCAUCUACUCAGCCGAUCGAGUUGGAAGAAUUCAUCGCAUGGCAGGACGAUUCCGGCAAAUUAUUGUUAGACAAAAGGGAAGGACAGCGUCGAAUCUUUCAACGUGGAGUCGCGCCAGCCGCCAGGAAGCUAGUUUGGCUAUUCCUGUUAGGGGUGCAUGACUGGGAGAGUACAUCCCAAGAAAGAGAAUCAAGCCAAACGCGCAUGAUUGAGGAAUAUCAGAAACUCAAAGCUUCUUGGGAGACAGGAAAUGAGGAGUUGAGAUCGACUGCCUCGUUCCAGGAAGAGGCUCAUCGGAUAGAAAUCGACUGUCGGCGGACCGAUCGGGGCCAGUCGUACUUCUCCACCUCCGCCAAUCCCCCAACCUUGGACAGUCUUGCACCCGAGGAAGACUCCAAUAUGCCCUCUACUAAUCAUCACGUUGAGACUGUGGGGAAGAUCUUGAUGACUUAUAAUGUUUGGGAGAAAGAGCUUGGUUAUGUCCAAGGUAUGAGUGAUCUUUGUGCCCCACUUUACGUUGUUUUUGAGGCGGACGAGGUUACGACUUAUUUUGCGUUUGUCAAGUUGAUGGAAAAGAUGAAAAGUCACUUUUUACGAGAUCAGAGUGGGAUGAGAGAUGAACUUUCACGACUUCAACAGCUAUUGCUCUUGAUCGAUCCACAGUUAUACUGCCAUUUCGAGAAGACUAAUAGUCUCAACUUGUUCUUCUGUUUCCGAUGGAUCCUGAUCAGCUUCAAAAGAGAGUUUGAGUUUCUUGAGGUUCUGAAAGUUUGGGAAGCUCUGUGGACGGACAUGUGCGGUCCUCAUUCAGAUCUCUUUCUGGCUUUGGCCGUCUUGCAGACUCAUCGGGAACCUAUCAUUCGAUAUCUGCAAGAGUUCGAUGAGGUCCUAAAAUAUAUCAAUGACAUUGCGAAUACCCUUGAAUGUGAUACAUUGUUGACUCAAGCACACAUGUUAUAUUUGACCUACAAAUCGAUCGUCGAGACCCGGUCGACGGUGACAUCGGAUGGGACCCAAGUCAUCCAGUCCGGAAAACGAAGUGUCGUUGUGACCGACGAGCUUAAGAGUCUCUUCUAGCCUUUUCUCUCUCCCUCAUCAAAAAACACUCUGACUCUCUUACCCUCCCGGACAUUCGGUUCGGUUAGACAGAAUAUACAAAGACCGUCGGCCUCUUUCUUCUUUCACAUCCCUCAAUGGAUCUUCUCUUCGACUGAAUUCACCCUUAUUUACUCUCUUUUCCUCUGAUUAUUGGUUGAUUGUGUUG